UCUGUCCCCUAAAUCACUUACCACAGUCUACAGGAAGGGGGAAGGAGAGACACAUUUACCUUCAGCCCCGGAUUAGACGCACAAACACACGCCAAGAGAUGGAAACUCUAAGGGGAAAGUCGCAGCAUUUCUACCUAGCUGCAGAAGACCUUUUUUUAUCUCUGCUUUGUUCGUUUGGCAGUUGGUACAACAAGUCGGGUCGAGCUGAGCUUCACAUGCGCACAGCUCAGUUCUCAAACUCCUCUGAAAGCCCGGCGGAGAUGUUUGCGCACGAGUGGCAUGGAUUCAUCCCUCCCUACCACAUGAGGGUGCUUCAGCUGUGCCCCAUUUUGGCCUUCCUGGCCAUUCUGCUGAUCACUCCGGUUCUUCUAGUACGUAUCCUGUCCCGAGCUGACCUGAAGCAGACGCGUUACCUCCUCCUGGCCAAUGUUCUAUUCAGUGACCUGCUCUUUGUUUGCAUGAACAUCCUGAGUGCCUGCAUCAAUUUAGCCGGCGUGUUGAUGACAGAAUGGCCAUGUGCCGUGCUGCUCUUUCUGUCUGCGGUUUUAUACAGCUCUGGCAUGCUAAGCAUUACAGCAAUGGUGCUGGAUACCUGCUUUGCGGUGUUAGCCCCCUUUCACUACCUGGCACUGUGGCCUGUGUCACGGACCUACGGAGCAAUUGCGGCAAUCUGGAUCAUCUCUGUCUUCUUCCCUGCAGCAGCUGUUGGCAUGUUUUUGUGGUACCACAGUAUGGCUCCCUGCGCCCUCCACCUCUGUUCCCUUCCUUUGCUGAUGGUUUUAACCGUAAGCCACUUUCGCCCACUCCACGUCUCCAUGCUGCUGGCGGUCACGGGUAUCAUUUUCAUCCUCCUCCUGGUGUUGUCUGGUUACCUCGUCCUCUACUUUUGUACCCGUAGUUCGGGCGUGUGGAAAGGAGUGACCCCGCCUCGUGCUAGAGGAACAUUUCUCAUCCAUUAUCUCCACUUGUUCCUGGCUUUCUGUCCCCUGCUGGUUUUGAUGAUCGAGCUGAUGCUUUUCCAAAACAGUGAGGCGAUGGACCCCAAAGCAAGCUUGUGGAUGUCCUUGGUCGUGUGUAACGUCUUACUCAUCCUGCCCAAAGCCUUAGCGCCGUACCUGUAUGGGCUCCGUUAUAGAGAACUGUGCAACUUGCUGUUCCAGUUCUUUCACCUCAACAGGCCAACUACUAUCACACCUGUGACGUAAAUAUGCUUAUUUGAACUUGUGAAAAAGACUUUUAUAAAGGCGUCGCUGAACUUUUCAUCUACCAGUUUAAAACUAAAUAAAAAUGAUCUGCUAUCUGUAAUUAUGCUCAAAUGGGGUUUUGUAAGUAAUAAUGCGAUAUGUCACAAUAAGUGAGAAUAAUCAAAAAUGUACAUUCGGUUGUGGUGAAUAUGGCAUUUCUUGUUUAUUACGAUAUUAUGUAUUUACUUAUGGUGUUAUUAACUAUGUAUUUUGGUAACUAAAAAACUAUUACUAGACUAUCAAUAAAGAAACACUGUAAGUCA